AUGGCCGCAGCAGCUUCCUAUGGCCUUGGUCGAUACGACAAAUUUCUUACACCAGACAACAGAGCCCAAGCCCUGCGGUUCGUCUUCACCUACGAAAUGACGGGUAUAUGGGCUGGAGCACUGUUACGAGUUUCAGUAGCAAUAAUACUUAUAUCACUUCACCGGGCUAAGAUAUGGCAGGCUAUUCUGUGGUGUGCAGUAUCUGUUCAGCUUGCAGCAGCGCUAGCUUCGACCAUCUGUCUCUUUAUCCAAUGCAGACCCUUGCGUGCGAUGUGGGAUGUCGUCCCUAAUGCUAGAUGUUGGGCACCGCCUCAACUACAUAUAUAUGGCUUUGUAUAUACUGGUAUCGGCAUCCUUACCGACGUCAUAUUCGUUAUCAUGCCAUUACCCAUAAUCUGGCGACUACAUCGACCUUUACGAGAGAGGCUCAUAAUCGCGUUUCUGUUGUCUCUGAUUCUCUGUGCUACGGCUGCCGCUAGCGUAAAGCUCUACUAUGUACGAGUCAUUGUGCUCGAAGGAGAGCAGCUACGUUCGCUAGUGGCGCCGACGUUAUGGAGCAGAAUCGAAGAGAUCGCCCUUAUUGCUGCCGCUUGUGCACCUUCGCUAAAGUCUUCGACUGAAGAUGGCCUACGUCAGUGUUGGCAUUGUUGUGCGAGACAUCGUCAGCAAGAGCGACCGAGCAGUUGUGUAUCUGAAUCGGACCGUUCCAGUUUACACGCCUUUCUGGAUCAGUAUGCGUCUGCCUCACUACGUGUGCCGGAGCGGGCGUACCGGAAACUUGAGGGAGUCUGA